AAGUUCAUCUUGCGGUCACGCUGGCGCAGACAAAAUGUACAAUUUUAGUGUAAAUAAUAAUGAAAACCAAUGAAAAUGUAAUGCUAUAAUUAGUUACUCAGUGAGGGCCUUACACACACACACAUACGCACAAAGCCGCAAAACGUCAACAAAACGCACUGCAAUAUAUAUUGUGUCGUAAAUUGCUUUUACACCCGCCGUCGCCGUCACUGUCACCGUCGCCGCUGCCGUCGCCACCGCACUCUUAACCUGUCGCGCUACGUUCCUCCCUUCACUAUCGCCACCUUGCUUGCCUGCCACAAAAACAAAACUUACGCUUUGCGGGACUGCGGCUCAGCCGAGAAGCAUUGGCAUCGCUGCCGUAGACAAAAUCAGGACAUGCAAAGAGCAUUUCAAAUUGCGGUGUGGCCUACGGUACCUCUAUAAGAUGUCGCUGGCCGUCUCGCUGCGUCGUGCGUUACUCGUCCUGCUCUCGGGUGCGGUAUUCAUACUGACAGUGCUCUAUUGGAAUCAGGGGGUGAUCAAGACACAGGCAUACAGCGAUUCACAGCUGCGGCCACACAAUCACAAGGAUCGCAAUCACUUAUCCAUACCGGUGGAAAAGUCAUGGACAUACAAAUGCGAGAACGAUAGAUGUGUGCGCACACCUUAUCGCAAGAAUGCGAGCAACACGAAGCGUGUCUCCUUCACCAGUUGCUCGAUGACCUGUGGCGACAUCAACAUUUGGCCACAUCCCACAACCAAAUCACUGAUCAGUGCGCACACGUUGCGCUUCUCGGUCGAGGAUGUGCAACUGCAGCUGGAUACGCCGCAUCGUGAGGUGUCCAAGCUGCUGAAGAUCGCCUUCGAUUGGUUCGUCAGGGAUCUGCGGCAAAUACAACGCUUGGACUAUGCCACACACACACCAGAAGCGGCAGCAGCCACAUUCGUUAGCGAGGCGACGUCCAGGCAGCGGCGUCAUAAUAACGAAGCUCCGGCGCCUGAAACGCAGCCAGCUGCCUCGUUGUUUGGUUCCACUUUUGGCCUGCAACGUGCCGGCGACUUGGAAAGUCUGCAAGUGAAGCUAUCCGUUCACGAGUCCGGCGAGAUUGACUUUAAUCUGGACAACAAUGAAAGCUACCACUUGAGCACGACUUUUGAACAUCAGCGUCUGGUGGUGCACAUUGCGGCGCACACAUUCUUUGGCGCCCGCCACGGGCUGUCCACGCUGCAGCAGCUCAUUUGGUAUGACGAUGAGGAUCGUUUGCUGCACACUUACGCCAGCUCGUUGAUCAACGAUGUGCCCAAGUUUCGUUAUCGUGGCCUUAUGCUGGACACCUCUCGGCACUUCUUUUCGGUGGAGGCAAUUAAACGCACAAUUGCCGCCAUGGGUUUGACCAAGCUAAACCGUUUCCAUUGGCACAUCACGGAUGCACAAAGUUUUCCAUAUGUGUCGCGGCAUUAUCCCGAACUGGCCGAGCAUGGCGCCUAUUCGGAGAGUGAAACCUACAGUGAUCAGGAUGUGCGCGAGGUGGUUGAGUUUGCCAGGAUCUAUGGUGUUCAAGUGCUCUUGGAGUUGGAUGCGCCGGCGCAUGCGGGCAAUGGCUGGGACUGGGGACCCAAACGUGGCCUUGGCGAGUUGGCGAUGUGCAUCAAUCAGCAGCCAUGGAGUUUUUACUGUGGCGAACCGCCUUGCGGCCAACUGAAUCCGAAAAAUAACCACACCUACCUCAUACUGCAGCGCCUUUACGAGGAGUUUCUUCAGCUGUCGGGGCCCACGGAUAUUUUCCACUUGGGCGGCGACGAAGUAAAUCUGGACUGUUGGGCGCAGUAUUUCAAUGACACGGAUUUGCGUGGUCUGUGGUGCGAUUUUAUGCUGCAGUCCAAUGCGAGACUGAAACUGGCCAAUGGCAAUGUGCCGCCCAAGUAUGUGGCCGUCUGGUCCAGCGCGCUCACGAACACCAAGUGUCUUCCGAACAGUCAAUUCGUGGUGCAGAUCUGGGGCGGCAGCACGUGGCAGGAGAACUAUGAUCUCCUCGAUAAUGGCUACAACGUCAUCUUCUCGCAUGUGGACGCUUGGUAUUUGGACUGCGGCUUUGGCAGCUGGCGAGCGACGGGCGAAGCUGCCUGCUCGCCUUAUCGCACGUGGCAGAAUGUCUACAAGCAUCGUCCCUGGGAGCGUAUGCGUCUCGACAAGAAACGACGCAAACAGGUGCUGGGCGGUGAGGCUUGCAUGUGGACCGAGCAGGUGGAUGAGAAUCAAUUGGACAAUCGGUUAUGGCCUCGGGCGGCGGCGCUCGCCGAACGCCUGUGGUCAGAUCCGAAUGAUGAUCAUGACUUUGAUGUUGUGCAGCCGGAUGUGUUUCGACGAAUCUCGCUGUUCCGCAAUCGCCUGGUUGAGCUGGGCAUCAAGGCGGAAGCGUUGUUCCCCAAAUACUGUGCACAGAAUCCCGGCGAGUGCAUUUGAUAUUAUUAUUAAGUGAAGCGAGAGAAAGAACAUUGGAUGGAAUGCCAAUUCGAAGCAGCCGGAGCAUCUCAGCCAAGCUCAAGCCAGACCCCGCCCUUACCCCACACUCUGUGCGUUAAUUAGUUCAUAGUGUAAUUGUUAUUUUUUUUAAUUAUUACUGUGUACUAACAAUACAUAUUAAGCGUUAAGCGUCCACUCUAAAACAAAAAAAGGAAAAAAAAAAUGCAAAGAAGAGGCAUCCCGAAGACGCCUUUUUUAUACCACACAAAAAUAUUUUGCAGACCAAAUGGUUUCCGGCAGACCAGCCCCGUGUGAACUUGUAAAACUUGUGAACUUGUAUUUCAACUUCAAUCUCAUUUGGCGUUUCUUUUUUAUAUAUAUACAAUAUACAUGCCUAGCUUAGUUGUAGUAUAAUUCGCUCGCUCAGAUAUAAACACAUACACACAGAUAACAAACACACACACACGCACACAUUCAUACUACAUACAUAUACGAGUACAUUUAAAGUAUACAAAUAAUAAUUGCCGAAUAUUUAAAGUAACAAAAAGUGUAGGGACAAAUUCAGAGACGAUGCCAAUGCCAAUGCCGAAUGCUAUAGGCUUCUGUGGCGUUGACAGUGAUAGCUUUAGUUAGUAGAAUAAAUAAUUAAUGUAUUUGCAGAUUUCAUACUCAUGCACACGACAGGUAAAACUAAUUUGUAAGAACUAAUACAAUGAUGACAAUUUUGAUAUUUUGAAAGCUUUAUUCGCAAACUAUAUGAUAUUUUUUUAUUAAACAUAUACUAUACAUAUGCAUAUUUGUGUGUGAGAGUAAAUGGUUUUAUGUUUUUUUUCCAUUUUUCGUUCUUUUCAUUUCUCAAUUCACUUUAGUUUAUUUUUUUAUUGUUUGUUUAAAUUAAAUUACAUUUAUCAGUGAUACAAACAAUGUGACCUUAUGAGAAAAUAAAUUAAUAGCAAGCAAAAACAAAAAAGGAAAAAUUAUAAAUGACAAAUGAAUGAAAAAAUGAAACCUAGGGUUAAAAAUAUACAUUAAAAAGAAAAAUGUAAUUGUAAUAAACAACAUUUUUGCACGAAUUGGCACCUAAUCGACUAAACAAAAAGUAAAAUGUAAAAUUAAUUAUCUAGCAAAUCUAUAGCUAAUUUUUAAUAAUAUUUACUAUAGUCGUAGUCGUGCACAGUGCAACUGAAUACUGAAUACGGAACAAUUUCGAUUCGUCUCUUUCGUCUCUGAUCAUUUCAGAUUGGUUGCGCUCUGCACAAUCCUAAUGUUAAUUUAUCCAAAAUAAAUUAUAUAAUUAUGUUUACAAUUUUGUUUCGUUGUGUACUUAAACAUUUAAGUGAGAGAUUUUACCACUAAAACAUACGAGUAUAAUACAAAUACGUUAGUUUUAAACAUUUUUCCUGUAACUUCAAGUCACUUUCUCAACACGAAUAAACUUAAAAGUCGAGUCU